AUUUCAUGCCAACACCAAUGAUAAAAGGCCUCAGAGCUGAUGAGAUCUGAAGGCAUCCAUUCAAUUUUCCUCCAUAGAUCUCUUUGUUUUCAGCUAGAGAAAAAACUGGAAGGACCCAUAAUAGCUUCGAAUCUGUUAAAGCUGGCCUGAGAAUGUGAGGUGGACUACUAGCCAUCGAGGAAUUAAAGGAUAAUCCUCACCACUAAUUAAAUUGGUCUAUUUUCAGGAGGAUCAAGAUUUAAUGCUAUUAUAUCCUGUAAUCCAUUAUCAAAACCUCUGUUAGAUAUUAUCAUGGAUUGCAAGGAACAAGAGCGAAAGUUUGGAGGGCAUGGAAAAAAGAAAUGUGAGGGAGGAAAGGGCAAGAAACGUCCAGCAGAAGAUAGCAAUGAAGAUGAAGUCCAAGAAUUUUUCGCUCUGGUGGACAGAAUUCAUGCAGUGCACAAGCUUUAUAAACAGAGGCGAAUGAAUUUUCCCUCUGCAGGAGAAACACCCACAUCUCAGAUUGUGGGUGGCGAUGUCAUCCAAGGUAAAUCUCUAUGGAAGCCCUCUUUCCAAUGGGAGGAUUUUUUUUCCUUAGCUCGGAAAAAUAGUAGUAUUAAUGAUUGUUCAAACAACUCAAGCACUUCGGUGAUGUGUGAAAAGCUUUGUGUUGGUAGUGAUCAAAGAAUAGGUGUGAGGAGUUUUGAUCUGAAUGUUGAGGCUACCGCAGAAGAGUAGAUUCCUGCAGAAGCAUUACCCUUUUCUGCCUUCCUUGAAAUGUGAUGUACUUGUUACUGCUCCUGAUGGCAAUGGUUAUUUCCAGUUUAAAUUUUUAGCCAAUUACCUAUUUACUCAUUC